AUGCAUCUUCAAUGCUUGCUUCUUCUCUGGGUUCCCCUAUUGCCCUUCGUCCGCGCGAUAGAUACUCCCAUUAAGGGAUAUAAAGUGGUGCUCCCCGAGUGGGAGGUUAAAAUGACUUUGGUAAAUACAACAGUACUUCAGGGAACAAUCGAGGAAGUCCUUGCGAAGCUCCCCCAGAUGAACCCCAACUGGGAUGAAGAGUAUAUCAACUCUACACGCAAGACUACCGACCACGAAAAGAGAGAUUCCAACAUGCACAUUUUUGACCGGAAUGGCUUCAAACGGGCGAAAUACGAAUGCAACGAACACUGGCCGGAUUGCGAACCCACUCUGAUUGCUACUAGUAUAGAUUAUCUACGGACCAUCCAGGGGAAGCCGAUGAACGGACCCGGCCCCGGCACCUGUGGUAGGGUAAGCUGCUCCCAGAACGCCGCCAUUUGGUGGUGCAAUGAUGACACCAGCUCGAAGACUUUGGAUGUGUUUGGAGUCAUUGCUGACGGCGCUGAGUUUAUCGGCAAAAUGUGCACAAGAUGGGGCUGGGAACUAGGUCGCUACAGACCCUUUCUAUCCGGACAGGUAUUUCACGAUGACAAAUGGAACGUCAUUGUACAAAAGGAAGAGUGCUAG